AUGGCAUCAAUUGUUUUCCAUCCCCAAGGCUGUUCCUCUGGAAACAGUCUUGUGACGCUGGUUUCAGCUGGGUCAGCGGGUACCGGUACAUGCUUUUUCAACGAUGGCGCAUUUCCAAACUCCAAUCCAGCCGGAGGAUACGAGAUCCAAGGCAUGCCGUCCACAGUGUCGGUUGUCUUAACUCAAGGUCCAACCGAUGGUACAACUUGUGGCGAGGAGAUAAUUGCUCUGGAACACCAGAAUGGAUGCUACGAUCUUCCAAAUCUUUCCAAUAGAGUUUGGUGGCAAUUUUGCAACACUGGAAAAGAUUGCCCUGGAUUAUCCCAGAGACGCUCUUACCCGCCACCAAGCAUGUCGAAGAAGGUGGUUCGGGAGAACAAGGACACCAAAAGCCAAGGUGUAGUCCAUACCGAUGACAAGGGCGACUAUCUCCUCAACUUCGCUGGUCAACGUGUCCCAAUUCUGUACCGCAAUGAAACGGAUCUGGAAAACCUAGAAUUGGAUGAUUCCCCUCUUCAGAAGCGACAAAGCCAGACAUUCACCCCGCCCGACAACUGCGUCCUGGACUCCGGCACAUGCCAAUCCCUGGCUGACUCUGGUCAGCUAAAGGCUCUUUGCGUCGACUGCCAGCUGGGCGUAGGAAACGGAGUCAAAGCGUCAGGAACAUCAAUGAUUGACUGUCGAAACUCUGGUGGGCCAUGCCCAGUCACAUUCACCGAUUCGGUGACCGUAACCGACACCAUUUCCGAAAGCAUCACUUUUGGAGCCAAUAUCGGUGAUACAGGCGCAGAAGGUGAAGGUGUCCAAGGAACUGCAAGCUUUGGCUUUGGAGUGAGCGUUUCUGUCGCUACUUCGCAUGGCACAACCCAGGGUCUGCUGAUUCCCCAAGGCAAGAUUGGCUUUGUUCAAUUCCAGCCUCAGGCUAGACUGGGCACUGUUGUUACGACAAGCUCAAAGGGAAAUGUUUGCGACAGCUCAGGGCUCAACAAGAUCUGUGGAGCUCAGCCUGGUAUUCUGGUCAGCAGCUCGAAUGAUGCUGACGGCCAGUACAGCAUUGUUCUCAGCAGCUAA